GCCCUCCGUUCCCGCCCCCCAGCGUACGUGUCAGCGAGAAGUCCUCCAAACUCACCUCGUCCUCCAUCUUGUUUCGCUUCAACUGCUCGUGGUUCAGCGACGCCAACGGAGCCGUCAGAUACUUCGCUGUGAUCGUAGCCGAGUCUGACGCCAAUGAGAUGCUGCAGCCGGAGCAGCGCCACCCUCUGCCCUCAUACCGCGACUACAUCACUAACUCCUCCGUCAGAGCGUAUCAGACCGCCUACUUCACCAGCCGCUGCCCUCAGGACACGGAGGCCUCACCUGGACAGGUGAUUGAGGUGAACCUGGGCGCAGGAGGAGAUCGUCUGGGUGGGGCUUGUGACCGUUACCACGACGACGACCUCUACCUGAGCGACAGCUACGGCGGCUUCUGCGACGGCCCGCUGAAGUCCAAAACCUCGUACAGGCUGAGCGUGCGGGCGUUCACCAGGCUGUUCGACGGAAACCACAGAGAGUUCCCCCAACCGCUGUUCACCGACACUUACCUGUCUGCACCGCUCCGCACGCACGCAGAGCCUCUAGGGGGCGUAGUGGAGGGUCUGAGUGCGGGGAUGUUCCUGAUCGGUAUGAUGGUGGCCGUCGUCUCGCUGCUGGUCUACAGACAGAGGCUACGCAAAGUGGCUGUGCAGGAGAACCCGGUGGUGAGGAUGAGUAUGUGGAAGGAGGUUCCGUCGUCUUCAGGGUUAUACGUGGGCGUCAGGAGUAACCGUCGGGUCACCAGUCCUAUCAAAGCGUGCCACUUUGAGUCCCACCUGAGCAAACUGCAGGCUGACUCCAACUACCUCCUGUCUGAGGAGUUUGAGGAUCUGAAGGAUGUCGGGAGAAACCAAACGAUGGACAUCGCCCGAGUGCCCGAGAACCGAGGAAAGAACCGCUACAACAACAUCCUGCCCUAUGAUCCGACCAGAGUGAAGCUGUCGUACCUGGAGGACGACCCCUGCUCCGACUACAUCAACGCCAGCUACAUGCCUGGUAAUAACUAUCGCAGGGAGUACAUCGCCACUCAGGGCCCGCUGCCCGGCACCAAAGACGAUUUCUGGCGGAUGGUGUGGGAGCACGGCGUCUACAACGUCGUCAUGGUGACGCAGUGUGUGGAGAAAGGACGGGUGAAGUGUGAUCAGUACUGGCCUGCAGACAGAGAGCCGCUCUACUACGGGGAUCUGGUCAUUCAGAUGCUCUCCGAGUCCGUCCUCCCAGAGUGGACCAUCAGAGAGUUCAAGAUCACAUCGGAGAGCAGCUGCAGUUACCCUCGGGUGCUGCGUCACUUCCACUACACCGUGUGGCCCGACCACGGAGUCCCAGAGAGCACCCAGUCCCUGAUCCAGUUCGUCAGGACGGUCCGGGACUACGUGGACCGAUCUCCAAGCAGCGGAGCCACGGUCGUACACUGCAGUGCUGGUGUUGGCCGCACGGGGACGUUCAUCGCCCUGGAUCGAGUUCUGCAGCAGUUGGACUCUAAAGGAACCAUCGACCUGUACAGCUGUGUGUUCGACCUCCGCCUGCACCGCCAACACAUGGUGCAGACCGAGUGCCAGUAUGCCUUCCUGCACCAGUGUGUUCGAGACGUCCUGAGAGCCAGAAAACACCGCAGUGAACAGGAGAAUCCUCUCUACCCCAUCUACGAGAACUUCAACCCCGAGUACUGCCGCGAUUUCAUCUACACCGGACGCUAAAUCCUGAUUUAAUAGAAUAAGACAUGGAUCAUUUCAGGCUUACAAGGUCUUUAGUAUUUCUUUAAUGUGAAGUUAUUGACCAGUGUUACAAAUAAACACUCUUAUCUGUUCCCAAGUUAGGAGAGGUAUUAGAGCAAAUAAUAAAUGUUUAAUUGUGAUAAAAUGAGAAAUGUUUGCCUGGAAUACAGCCAAGCUUCUCUUUGUAACUUUGGCCUGACAUUUAAUCAAUAUUUAAUCUAAAAUUUGGCGAUAUUUAACAUUUAAACUUUUAAAAAUUAAGUUAAAGAAGAGAUCCAUUUCAAUUUGGCAGAGGAAAUCACAAUCAAAGUGUUGAAGGACUUUUCUAAAGACAGGAAACGGGUUAAUCUCAGGUCGUUGGCCGUUCAUAGAAGUAUGAGUUUUAAGGUCACAUAUUCUAUAAAAUCCUCUUCUCCAUGUUCCUCUAACAUGUGUCUCUAGUCCGUCUCCAAACCCCCC